CCUUAUAGUUCCGGUUGUGGCGCCCGGGCGGAAAGUUGAAGCAGACGGACUGUGGCCGGCGAUGGGCUUGGGCAUUUCACUAUUUGUAGCUUGUUGUCUGCAUUCUGACGGGGCUGGCUUAGAUUCUGUUCACCAUGCCAACAGUGGUGGUGAUGGACGUGUCCCUCUCCAUGACUCGGCCUGUGUCAAUCGAGGGGUCUGAGGAAUACCAGCGGAAGCACCUUGCAGCCCAUGGGUUGACAAUGCUGUUUGAGCACAUGGCCACAAACUACAAGCUUGAAUUCACAGCAUUAGUGGUUUUCUCAUCGCUUUGGGAGCUGAUGGUCCUCUUCACAAGAGAUUAUAACACCCUGCAGGAAGCACUGAGUAACAUGGACAAUUACGACAAGACAUGCCUAGAGUCCGCACUGGUUGGUGUCUGUAACAUUGUUCAGCAAGACUGGGGAGGAACAGGUUGUAUGGAAGAUGCUGUAUGGCUACUGACUGUGGUCUCCUGAGAAUCUGCAGAACUACUUAUGAAUGAAGUACCUCUUGUAACCUUGAGGCAGAUUGCAAUAGUUGAGCUUCAGAGCACCGAUUUCCUGGAAUGCCUUGAACGUCUCAUAGACCUCAACAAUGGUGAAGGGCAAAUUUUUACUACUGAUGGCCCCCUGUGCUUGAAAAACGUGCAGUCUAUGUUUGGAAAGCUGAUAGACCUGGCAUAUACGCCUUUCCAUGCUGUGCUCAAGUGUGGCCACCUGACCGCUGACGUCCAGGUCUUCCCCAGGCCAGAGCCAUUCAUUGUAGAUGAAGAAAUUGAUCCUAUCCCAAAAGUCAUUAACACAGUGUGCCAAUGAGUCAGGCCUGACCCUGAAUGUGCCAUGCAAUAUAUAGAGCCCAGAGGCAGGCCUGCUGGACAUGCUGGUGAUGAACCUGGUCCCUGUCUACCAGAAAGGCGAUCUCUUCUAUGUUGGAAACUUCCUCCACAAUUAUAGACAGUGGGGGACAAUGGAGCAAGUGCU